AUGUCUGAUGGAGAAUGUGAAUUGCACGAAAAUGAAUCUGAGUCUUCUCCACCGAGUUUCGCCCUAUUCGCUCCGAUGGUAUUCAUCUUGAUUAACAUUGGUCUGCUCAUUUCUGUUAGCGUGAUGGUUUACAGAAUAAGGAAAGCUCAAGCCCAGUUCAGGAAUCUGUAAGUCUUGCCACUUUUUAUUGGUAAAAGUAUUCGGAACAGGUUUUCAGACAGUUUUUUGUCAGAAAAUAGUUUCGCAUGCCGGAGACCAUUUUAUACGAUCAAAUUGUAUUUAAAAAAUUAUUUUUGAAGGGUAACAUUAAUAAAAUAAGUUUUCAGAGUAGAGAAACUGUUAAACACAUCGCUUAACCGUGGGAUUGGCCAGAGAUCUCAGAAUAAAGUCCAGCAGUACGUCCGAAACCCAGAGAAUAACAUGAUCAAGUACAUUCAGCACAUUACUCCUUGA